CGGGUACAAUGAUCAAGCACAGCGUCGCGAUAAGCUACUCGCGCGCCGACAUGACCGAGCUCCAGAGCAAGAUCGCGCAAGCCAAGCAGGACGUUGCAGAUGGCCACGCCAAAGUUAGCGCCCUUGAGGCACGGAAUGCAGCGAGCCAAGCUAAAGUCGAGCAACUCGAGAAGGACGCCGAGUCGGUCGCAUUCCUCAAGGAAGAGGCAAUACUGGGGCGACACAAGCUGCAGCGCCGCUUCUCCGCCGUCGGUGGCCACGAAGAUACGCUCAAAGUCCUUGUUGCAGCGCUUGCAGAGACGAAAGCGGAGGUCGCUCGCUUGCGGCAGGAAAAGGCGUAUUUGGCCAGCGGUCGACGAGACACGGAGAAGGAGCUCGCGGGCCUCCAGAGCGCUCUCGCCAAGUCCCAAGCCAAGUCCGAGUCGUACAAACAAGAGUACAACCAAGUGGUGGCAAAGCAGCACGACGUCGAGGCCAAGCUGCACCAAAUCGCAACCUUCUUGACUGCCACGACAUAGCUCGCUUCGAAGAAGGGAUAUAAUGGAAGGACCGUAAUGGUGUGUAUUAGAUGUAUUGUAGUUUCUCGCGG